AUGGAAUUUGAUGAGGAAACGACUGCAACCCAGUUACCUGGCUUCCAGAAGGAAAAUCGUACAGGUGCCAAGGUUUACUUUUGCAGUGAAUGCCAAUCUGUCCUUACACCACGUGUUUUCAAAAAGGAAAAUGGUGAGGCUGGAAAAUUAGAGUUCUAUUGCGCUCAAUGCAAUCGUUCUGAGUAUUUCGAUGAUAACUUGGUUUACGUUAACAUUCUAAAGCGUGAUGCUUCAAGCGUUUCUGCAACCAAAGUUCUUACAUCCGAUCCAACGCUUCACAGGUGGACAGUUUUCUGCAAUAACUGCAGAAAGUACGAAGAGCAUGUUAUUUUCAAUGCUCCUACACUUGCUGGUGAAGAAACAAUGACACAACUUAAGCAAUGCUGCGUUUGCAGUGUUCAAACACCUGUUACAGAAGAUGAUAGAAGAAAUCAAAUGAGACCUUCCAAUUAA